AUGUCAGAAAGCAUUCCUCUUCGGAGGAACCUCACGGACCUGGGACCAGUCGGUCGCGCGUUGAGUCCGAGCGCACGCCCUGCCUGGGCUGUAGCGGUUCUAGCCAGCAUACUCAUCUUCACCACCGUGGUCGAUAUUGUAGGGAACUUGUUGGUGAUCAUUUCGGUCUUUCGGAAUCGUAAACUGAGAAAUGCAGGAAACGUGUUUGUGGUAAGCUUGGCCUUUGCUGACCUGGUGGUGGCCUUUUACCCGUACCCACUGGUGCUAUACGCACUCUUCCAUGACGGCUGGUCGCUGGGCAACACCCAGUGCAAGGUGAGUGGCUUCCUCAUGGGCCUGAGUGUGAUCGGCUCAGUGUUCAACAUCACAGGCAUCGCUGUGAACCGCUACUGCUACAUCUGCCACAGCUUCUCCUAUGGACGCCUCUACAGUUCGCGCAACACGGUGCUCCUGGUGGCACUCAUUUGGAUGCUGACUGUGCUGGCCAUCUUGCCCAACCUGUUCGUGGGCUCGCUGAGCUAUGACCCACGUGUCUACUCCUGCACGUUCACACAGACGGCCAGCAGCACCUACACAGUGGCUGUGGUGGUCGUGCACUUCCUGGUGCCCAUCACCGUGGUGACCUUCUGCUACUUGCGCAUCUGGGCACUGGUCAUCCGGGUGCGUCACAAGGUGAAGAGCGGUGAGCGGCAGCGGGUGCGACCCAGCGACCUGCGCAACUUCCUCACCAUGUUCGUGGUGUUCGUGCUGUUCGCCGUGUGCUGGGCGCCACUCAACCUCAUUGGCCUGGUGGUGGCCUCUGACCCCGAGGUCAUGGCACCACGCAUCCCAGAAUGGCUGUUCGUUAUGAGCUACUUCCUGGCCUACUUCAACAGCUGCCUCAAUGCAAUCAUCUAUGGCCUGCUCAACCGGAACUUCCGCAAGGAGUACAAGCGCAUCGUCACGUUCGUCUGGAUGCCACGGCUGUUUGUGACUGAGACAUCUCGGGCGGUGACUGAUGGCAUGCGGAGCAAGCCUUCACCAGGCGCCAUCAACGAGUAA